CAUCCCAGUGUUUAUAUUCAUUUUUUGUUCCCUUUUCUGAACAGAACCUAGACGGCAAUAAUGAAUGUUUACUCGAAGAAGCAAUGCAAAUCAACAAUAACAAGAGAGAAGCCGGAAAGACGGCAAUGUUGUCUGUUUGCUUUCUCCGUCUCCGGCCGCGUUUCCGAUCCUAAUCUCUACUCUAAUGUCUUACUUUUAAUAUAUUUUCCCGAAAAGGACCAUUGCCUGCCUUGCCCGCACUUUCUCCUUUCCUUUCCUCUUCUUCUCCCUCUCUCCAUUCAUUCAUUGGUUUGAUUGAUUAUUAUUCUCAGAGUGAGUGAGUGGGGGUUUUUUUUUUUUUGGUUUGUGGCACUUUUUAUACGCUUCUUCUUCCCCUUCCCUCCCACCGUCGUUACCAUCAAACCAUUUCUCUCCUCUCUCACACUCUGCAGCUCCUCUGUCUCAGAGACAAAACAAACAAAUGGGGUCGAAGCAGCAGCAGCUUCUUCUUUUGCAGCUCCUCUGUCUGUCCUGUCUCAGCGCUGCUGUUAUCUCUGCUGGAUCUGAUUCACCCUCCGCCGCCGCCGUCCUUGCUUUUGUGGAGAGCGGAGCCGCCACCGCCGCCGUUGCUGCUCCUCAACCUCUCAAUGUUCCCCUCACUCUCAUCCAGGGAGCUGACUCAAAGGGCGCUGUUUGUUUGGAUGGAACACUUCCUGGAUACCAUUUACAUCGAGGGUAUGGAUUCGGAGCCAACAGUUGGCUGAUUCAGUUGGAGGGAGGCGGGUGGUGCAACUCUGUGAGGAGCUGUAUCUACAGAAAGACCACACGGCGUGGUUCGUCGAAAUACAUGGAGAAGGUGAUACCAUUCACUGGGAUUCUGAGCAACAAGGCCGAGGAAAACCCGGAUUUCUUCAACUGGAAUCGGAUCAAGCUUCGUUACUGCGACGGGGCUUCUUUCACUGGAGAUAGCCAGGAUGAGGCCUCGAAGCUUUACUAUCGAGGACAGCGGAUCUGGUCUGCAGCCAUGGAGCAUUUCAUGUCCCUAGGAAUGAAAUCAGCAAACCAGGUCCUGCUCUCUGGUUGCUCUGCUGGAGGGCUGGCAUCCAUUCUGCACUGCGAUGAGUUCGGAGCCUUGUUUCCUCGAUCCACCAAAGUUAAAUGCUUGAGUGAUGCUGGCUUGUUUCUAGAUGCGGUGGAUGUAUCUGGUGGGCGCACUUUAAGGAGCUUAUAUGGCGGAGUUGUCAGCACUCAGCAACUCCAGAAGGACCUCCCAAGUUCCUGUACCAACCACCUGGAUCCAACUUCGUGCUUCUUCCCCCAGAAUUUGAUCGCCAACAUCCAGACCCCAAUGUUUCUUCUCAAUGCAGCUUACGAUGCUUGGCAGGUUCAAGCUAGUUUAGCUCCACCAACUGCUGAUCCUCAUGGCGACUGGGAUGACUGCAAGAAGAACCACGCAGAGUGUAAUGCGACACAGAUCAAUUUCUUUCAAGACUUCAGGAACCAGAUGCUGAAUGCAGUCAAGGGUUUCUCCACGUCCAAACGAAAUGGGUUGUUCUUAAAUUCUUGCUUUGCACACUGCCAGACUGAAAGGCAGGAUACCUGGUUCGCCGACGACUCUCCUGUCGUCGAUCAGAAGACAAUUGCACAAUCUGUUGGAGACUGGUACUUCGAUCGCAUGAGUGUCAAAGCAAUUGACUGCCCAUAUCCAUGUGACAGCAGCUGUCACAAUCUUGUUUUCAAGUAGUUUUUAUAUAGGACCAAAAAGAAGAAAGAAAAUUGAUUCAUGCCCCGAAGGGGAAUCCAUCCUAUUAUAUUGGAAACGAUUCCGAGGUUUGUAAAACUGUUUGUGUAAGCAUUUAUUUCAAGAAUAAACACAAGUUCAGAGAAAAUAUUUAUCAGUAGUUUAUCAGUUGCCUUCUGAUACCCACCAUUGGAUGCUUUUGUUUUCUGAUUUCUACUGUAAAAGAGAUGAGAAGUUUCUAAAAUGUAUGUGACUGCAGCAACGACGUCGUUUCGUACGUAACGAUCGAUUUCCCAGUCAGCUAAGCUUGACAUCUCAGUUGGUUCAGUUUCUUUUCUGAAAAGAAAGGUCGUUUAAACUUCAAACGCAAGUCAGCUUUUUUCUGAACGAUUUCGUUUCAUUUGUGGAAAAAGAAA